CUCAUCAACUUCCUUCCUUAUUUUUCUCUCCACAAAAAUCACUAAGUUAUGGAAUUAAUUCCAGCCUUGCCCGAGGAACUCGGUCUAGAGUGCUUGACUCGGUUACCCUACACGGCUCACCGAGUUGCCACUCAAGUGUGUCGCCAAUGGAGCCAGCUGCUGAGAAGUCAAGAAUUUUACUACCACAGGAAGAAAUAUGGGUACACCGAAAAAUUGGCUUGCUUAGUCCAGGCAUUUCCUGCAGAAAAAACCAUCCCUGAUGCCAAACCUGCGAGUUCACCGAGUUACGGACUCACUGUGUUUGACCCGGUGAGUCAGACGUGGGAGCGACUCGAUCCGGUUCCCAAGUAUCCAAAUGGGCUGCCUUUGUUUUGUCAGCCGGCCAGCUGUGAAGGAAAGCUAAUUGUCAUGGGUGGAUGGAACCCGGCGAGUUAUGACCCGGUUCGAGGUGUUUUCGUGUACGAUUUCACGACUCAGGGGUGGACUCAAGGGAAAGACAUGCCAUCAAAGAGAUCAUUUUUCGCAGUUGGUGCAAUUGGGAGCAAAGUUUAUGUAGCAGGCGGGCAUGAUGAGAACAAGAAUGCACUGAAAUCUGUGUGGGCUUAUGACGUUUCGGAAGACGAGUGGGUUGAGUUGACUCAGAUGAGUCAAGAACGUGACGAGUGUGAAGGAGUCGUGAUUGGUAAUAAGUUCUGGGCGGUGAGCGGGUACAAGACGGAGGCUCAAGGCGAGUUUGAAAGUAGUUGCGAGUCAUAUCAACUCGACACGGGUGACUGGAGCCGAGUUGAGGGGGUUUGGAAACCUGGAAAAUGUCCAAGAUCAUGUGUUGGAGUAGGAAAUGAUGGGAAGCCGGCGAGUUGGCCCGAGUCAAAUUCCGGAGCUGGAGAAGGAGCAAUCGGAAUUAAAAUGGACGAGUUAGUGAUACUGAAGAGUGGCUCAGCCGACCAGGAGUUUUUCUUAGGUAAAAUGGAUGGGGCAAAAAUUGACAAAUUGAAGAAGCUGGAGGUGCCCAAUGAAUUUUCCGGUUUAGUUCAAUCGGGGUGCUUUGUGGAAAUUUGAUAGAAUUUGAUGACCGUUGGGCCCCACCUUACUUUUCUUUUUAGCCCCCUCAAUUUUGAAUUGUAGUACGUUUGGUACCAGAAACUUUUGCUUUAAUUGGUACUUGGGUUGAAUGCUUGAAAAAUACAUAAGUAGUACUUUACUCCCCAAACCAGUUUUGUGGGCA